AUGGAAGAACCAUUACUUGUUUCUCUUGUUACCCUCCCGCUCGAUGUACUGUUGCCGAUACUAUCUUACCUUGAUUUGUCAAGCUUCUUGUCAUUAUGCAGAACAUGCAAAGCAUUUCAAACUCCUGAAAUUCGCUUCGACUCUGGAUAUUGGCGCAGAAUAACAUGCACGACUUUUCCUGGUCCUAAUCAGCCCCUCAUCCAGGGGGAUGGAAGGCGCUGGCACACCCUAUUCCAGCGAAUGCUUGCCCAAAGUCAUGCAUUCUCCUGGGGCAACAACAACAAUGGAUGCCUUGGUCAUAAAACGAGGUUUCCCAGCUCAUGUCAUGUACCGCAGCCAUACACCCGGAACUCGGAAAGAUCGUGGCCUGAUCGGAUAGAACAUACCGGCAAGCUUGGAAGUAUUGCAGAUGUGCAAUGCGGUGAUUCGUCGACUAUUCUUCUUACUUCGAAGGGCGUACUUUACUCCGUCGGACGCCUAAGCCCUUUAAAAUAUGGUGCUGGAGGGAGCAUAGAGCCAAGGUCGCUCAGUUUUCCUUUCACGUCCCUGACCAGUGCGCCCUCUGCUUUGUCUAUUCGAGAGUUUUCUGUACAUGGAUGCCAUGUCCUCGGACGUGCGGACAAUGGCAGAAUAUGGUACUGGACGGACAUGAACUUCCCCGCAGAGCAUAUCCAGUUUACAAACAUCAAGAUCGAAGAAUUCGGCGACUCAUCCGCGGAUGCAGAGACAAAUUUCUCACUACGUGGCCGCAUACGCCAAGUUGUAGCUGGAAAGAACGUACAAUCUGCCUAUGUCACGAACGUCGGGAUCGUACUAUGGCAGACUGCAGAACGUGGCACCAGUGGCACGGUUUCGCAGCAUAUUGUUGUCCCUAAAACUAGCCACCAGCGCCAAAACGGCAAUGACUCUUUAGAAGCCAGUGAUGAGGGCCGGUCCCUUGGUAGGGACGUCGGAGAAGUUGUCAAUUACAUCGUCUUGGAGCACUUUAUUGUGUUUGUUACAGACAUUGGCAGCUUUUUUGCAGCAAGAUUUCUCGACGCCUCUGAUUUUUCUGUGGAAGACAUUGUCGAGCUCAGAGAACUUCGCCAUGACACGCAUUGCAAAACCCCACAUGCUUACGCACGCAACUGUGCUGUAUGGGUAGAACAAGACGAGACGGGCUGGGAUGAAUCUUUGGAUUUGCGAGUUUGCGAUGAGGAAGGUCUCAGCGCUUACCAUGCGCUAACUAUCGCGGCAGGGGCCGAACACUGCGCGGCGCUAGUACUAGUUAAUGAGUCGGCGAGAGAGGUCGAGGCAUAG